AUGGCUUCAACCCCUCCCAUCUUCCUCGGUCUCACCAUCUUCCUUCUCACGUCUCUCACGGUUCACAUUGCCAACGGGCGAGAAUUCCCAACCGAGAGUGCCCAUUUACAUCCGGAGUGGGCCGGCCAUUUUGACCGCUCGGUACUUAUCCCAGGCAUUGGCCGAGUCAUUUUCCCCAAGAAAGGCUCCCAUGCCAACCCCUUUACCUACAAUCCUGUCAUAGGCGGUUUCGAGUGGAAUAAGUACGAAUGGUUGAAAAUGAUGGGUUCGCUCCAUUUUAGGUCGUACCAUGUUCUUGUUUUCGGUGUGUUAUGCUUGGACCUUUUCGGUUUAGUCGUUAAUGGAAUAUUAUUCGUUUGCAUUUCGAUGGGACGAGUUGCAAUUAGGCAAGUCAAAUUAGAAAUCCUUUUACGUGCUAACUAA